GUCGGGACUCGGGCCUCGCAGUUCGGCCGACCGAGCGUGCUUCAGAAGCAAUCACGUGAAUCGACUGCUGCUCACCCGAAACUCGAUGACCUAAUCCUUGCGGAACUGGAUCUGCUUUUCGGGGCGACAUUUGGCGAUGGCCUUCGCUUUUCUAGGACAUUCGGCGACUCCGGGACCGAAUCGAACACACGGCUGGAGGAUCGCGGAGCAGACAUUCCUGUUUUCGGUUGAGAGAUGCAAACGAGAACCUCACUGCUCGGCCCGACGGAUGGGAUGCUCUCGUUGGUCGAUGCAAAAAUCUCGAGGCAGACAGGCAUGAGACAAGCGGAGGGAUCUGAAUAUAGAAAAAGGAGGUCUCUUUUCUGCCUCUUGUUCUUUCUCGUUGUUGGUAAAGACGGAUCACGCGCGCAGUGCAGAGCGAUUAUCCUCGUCAAGUGGCCUGCGGUCGUCAUCCCCGGACGCUCGCUUCGUCCCGCCGAAGGCCCGUUCCACUUGCCAGCCAUCGACGCUACGCUCUCGCAUCGCAUCGCAUAGUAUGCACAUGAAAGGGCUGAUUUCGAAGGGCUCCAGACUUGCGCGCACGAAGAAGAAUAGAAUGGCCAAAAGUGCUGGCCCGCGGAAUCAGAAUCGACAGAUUUCCCGUGGCCUUCUGACCGAAUUUUCAGCCUGACACCAGACCAGUCGCAGGGCCUAAAAAUACCGAAAGCAGAGCUCAGAUAGAUAUCCCAGGAGUUUCGCGAUCGCCUUCGCUACCGCAAUCCUCGUCAACCGUCAGACGCACGCACGAUCUCCAUCGUCCGUCCAGAAUCGCGGCUAUCGAAUCCGCGAUUCAAAUCGCGAGAGUUCAUCAAGCGCAGUCGGUGCUGUGACGAGCCCUUCCCUUCCUUUCAGCUCCAAUUCAGACUUUGUGACUGACUGGCCUAACUCUGGUUAAACUCACGAGGCUUGCUUCAGGUUCGAGGUCAAGUUACUUUCGUGGGUGCAUGACCCAAAUGUCCAGGAUCUGAGUUUGUAUCACUGGAAAAGAAUAUCAUGCAAACACAGGGCUUUAUCAUUUUUUUAUUCCUUAUAAUUUCCCAGUAUCUCUAAUCUAACUGUCAUGUAUUAUUUUCUGAUCAAUAAUGGACUCUGAAAAAAAGCUGC